AUGGUGCAGAGCGACAAACCAUCUGUGGCGAGUCCGUAUGGGAAGGCAGGAUCGGGGAAAGAAGAGUCGGCGCCGUUACUGGACCCUGGUCUCGGUGUUCAUCUGCGGGACAAGUGGCCCAACGAGUGCGAGUUCUUGGUCUCCUGCCUGGGCCUGUCCCUGGGGCUGGGAAGCCUGUGGCGGAUGCCGUACCUCGUGCAAGAGAACGGCGGAGCUGCCUUUGUCGUAUCCUACGUGAUUAUGACGGCGACCGUCGGGAAGCCGGUCUACUUUAUGGAAAUCGCCAUGGGACAGUUCUCGAGCUUGGGAUCGACCGGAAUAUGGAAUUGCCUCCCCGUCGGUAAAGGUAUCGGAGUCUGCAUGUGCUACGCCAGCAGUCUACUAAGUUUAUACUUCGUGGCCUUCAUGUCCUACAUGAUGAUCUACAUUUGGACCAGUGUAGAAUGGAAAGUGCCGUGGGCCAAGUGCAGCGAGUCGUGGGGCGCGGAUGCGCACUGCUACACUCGCAAGAGGAACUUGUUAUUGUGCAAGUAUGUGCCCAAGGAACUGUCGAAGCUCUACAAGAACACCAAUCUCUCAUCCGGCAAGCAUGUUUACUACGAAGACAAGCUGAUCGUAGUACCGGUGCAUGUCUACGACAACUUGACCAACAUGUGCACUCCAGCAGAUCACACGGCCGCCGAAGGGUUCUUUUUCCAGCGAGUUUUAGCACUUAGCAAAGGCGUCGGGGAGAGCGGUAACUUCAGAGUCGACAUCGCAAUCUGUCUUGGCAUCUGCUGGAUCGUCCUGUAUCUGCUAGCCGCAAAGAGCAUCCAACUCUCGGGCAAGGUCAAUACAUUCUAUUUCUCAGAUUUAUUUUACCUGCAUCCCCAAGACAUCGUAACGCGUUAA